AUGGUGUUAAUAACAGAGGAACAAGCUGAAGGUUCAAAGGUUCGAGAGAAUGGCAAGGCUGAAGGAGCUGGACUUAGCAAGAUUCAGUUUAGGACCAAUAAAGUGGCUACGGAUACACCUGUCAAGUCCGUCAUUAAGGUCGACGAAGUUGAGGAUGAGUGUGGGGUAUCAGGAGAAGACGAUCCUGGGGAGAUUGAAUUUGAUUACACACGCAACUAUUGGGAGGAUGAGGACGAUAUCUACCAAGAGUUUGAGGAGUUGGACUUUGAGGCCCUGCCGGAUCACUCGGACACGUGCACGAUCACCUCGGAUGAUUCGUUCUAUCCUCCAGACAAUUCAGUCGUCUCUCACAUGUACCGCUCGCUGAGCCCUGACAGCCCCGAGCCCAUCUCCUUCUUCAAGGCCUGCUGCGACAACAACGCCAUCAUCGUCAAGAUCAUGAUGAGACAAGGAGUGACCGAAGAGGAAGUGAGGGAAACAGAUAGGAACAGAAGAUCUGGUCUGAUUAUGGCGUGUUACCAUGGCUAUGUGGACGUGGUCAUCGCCCUCGCUCAGUGCCCGUAUCUGGAUGUCAACUGGCAGGACAAUGAGGGCAACACUGCUCUCAUUACUGCAGCACAAGCAGGUCAUGCGAUCAUCUCUAACUAUCUGCUGAACUACUUCCCCGGGCUCGACGUAGAGAGGAGGAACUGUCACGGUUUCACAGCUUUGAUGAAGGCUGCCAUGCAGGGCCGGCCUGAGUGUGUCAGGGCUCUCAUGCUGGCUGGGGGUGAUAUUCAGGCACGGGACAACGGCCGCAGAAUGACACCAAGGGAGUGGGCUCUCUUCACUGGUCGUUACGAGACAGCCAACGUAAUGUAUCGGCUGAUGUUGAAGCCCUGUGCUGAGCAGUUCUGUGACUCCUUCCCCCUGGAGUGGCCCUUGUUGGAGGAGCUGGUGGACCAGGCCCAGGAACCAAAGUCCUGCUGGAGGCGUUUGAUCAACUUUCUCUCCUGCUGCCCUUACAGGUUUUACAUCAACAGCAGGGUAAACCCUGUGGAUGACGGUGUUCUUGAACACAUGGUCCAGAUCACCUCCAGUAUCUCCAGCCCCUUCAUUGCCACAGCUUGCCACACAGUGUGCCCGGCUAGCCCACCGUGCAUCGGGAAGCGUCGUCACGCCGUGCAGGAGAUUCUGAGGCGACAGCGGGUGGCCGAGCUGAAGCGUCUGGGCCCGGACAGACUGAACAACUACAAAAGAUUCUUCCAGAACUCGCAGGUCCUCCUCAUCCCCAAGGCGACGGAUCGGAGGGCCAGCCUCCAGCCUCAGCUGCUAAGUGACGUGGCUGCGGCGUCGACGGUGGCCAUGAGACGAGCCAGUCUCCUGCCGCUCAACAUGCUUAGGAGAAGCAGUGUGCGGCCAGGCAUCGUGGUGCCCAAAGUGAGGCUCUGCAAAGCCCCGGUUCCGAGCUUUAUACCACAAAAACUCAGGCGAAGCAGCAACCAAAACCAGCUCCAGAUACCCAAAUGGGAUUACAAGAUGAAAAGAAUAGAGAAGAGGCAAGAGGAGGACAGGCAAAGACUGUUAACUCUGACAAGGAGGAAGUGA